UCAAUGAUCGAUAUAAUUACAAUCGGAAUCGAUUUACAUAUAUUCUAUAGCAGACGAGCAUAUAUACAUAUACAGAACAAAUCUUGUAUCUUAUGGGACUUCGUGUUCCAUGUUUUGAAAUACUGACCAUGCAAAAACUCAGUGUUUCUUACGCCCUCUGCGAUUUACAGCGGUGAGCGGAGCAAUUAAUUCAAUCCAACUAAUAUAGUUGGUAAAGCUGCAGACGACUGUCGUAAAGUCAACAGGAGUAAAAAUCUGUGAUAAAAAUAUCUCUCUAGUUACACAUUACACGUGAUUACAGGGCUAUACUUGUACAUUUUCUUUUUAUUAAAUCUCCAUCAUAAAUCUUCGUAAAUCAUUGACUAAGGAUAAAAUAGGUUCUGCUUGCAAUAGAAUAGUGUCCCACGGUGCGGAGACUAACAUAGCCCGCCACACCAUUUAGGCGUCACAUCCGACAUUAUCGGUUCAGUAUAGAAUAAGAUAGCAGCGCUACUGGAACGAUAGAAAUUAUAACUAAGUCGUACUUACAAUCAAAAUCGAUUUAUUGGGUUGUCAACUAGGUAAUUGCGGAUUUUGUCAUUAGCUAGCAAUUACAAAAUUACGUUCGUACGUUACGCUGUUCGUUUGCUUAGUUUAAUCGUUUAAAAUGAAAUGUCAGAAAUUGUUGAGUAAAUCUCAAUAUAGAAAGUGCGUGUAUCCGUACUUACUACAUAAUAGUUAUUACUACAUAAGAACUAGUAAAUAAAACGACAAAAGUCGUUUUCCCGUGAGAGGUGUGAUUGAAUGAUUUCAUGGCAAACAAGAUCUGACAAAUGCCACGUGAAACGGACAUCCUCAGGACCUUACAGGAAGGAAUAGUCAAUAUAAUGAACAAAGAACCCAAAAUUACAUCCUCGGAAAUAGGUGAAAUAGUAAGAAACGAAUCUAACACGGAAAUAAACUCCAUAACGGUUCGAAGAACACUCAAAACUACUGUCAUAAAGUAUUUGACGAUAGAGAGGAGGAAAGAGCAGUGAUGAAGAUAGCAAUGAAGAAGGUAUUUUAUGUAAUUCAGAGAUAUGUUCAAUUAAUUCUUAUAUUCUUUAUAGAUCAAUAGAAAAACAGAGGAACAAAUGGUCACUUAGAAUAUUCUCGGAAACUAGAAUGGAGCGGCGGUAAUAUGCAAAGAAAUGGAAUAUGGUAAAGUGGAAAGAAAAAAGUUACCCAAAAUAUUACACCGAUGGAAAGUUCUUUUUAUACGAAAACAACAAAGCAUUUAUCUAGGACUAUUCGACAUAUCGAUUGCGAAAUUGUAUUUGAUAAAUUAAUGAAAAUACCUUGUUCAAAGUACGAUCUUUUUUUCGAAUGUUAGAAACAAACGUAGGUUCAUGUCCAUACUGCGUAAUGUAUUUACUUGGCACUGCCAUCGCUCGUGCCAUAAUCCCGAGAAGUCGAACAUUCGUCAGCCAAUAACUGGCGUCUCUUGUGUCUGUCACAUGCUUAGUACGUGAUCGUUCUGUUUAACUCUGCUGACUUUUCUCGUUGAACAGAAUAUAGUACAUAUCAUAAACUUAAAUGAAAAUCAACUUGUUUGUUCUAUAGGAUAUUUUUCUAUACUUCACACGUGAAAAAUUUGUAAUCAAAUGAUUUAUGCCUCGAGAAAUUGGAAAAGAAAACAUUGAUUGAUAGGUAUUGUUUGUAUCAAACGAUUCAUCCCUUAUGUGAAACAUCACCUGUGGUAUACCAGCUUAUAAUUUGGUGCCGAUACCAAAAGGAAUGUAGCUGUCUCUCCACCAUUAAUUUUUCAUAUUCCCUAUAUAGGCGCACUUACCAACAUAUUACAUAUAAAUUAUUCUCUUCAACGUUUAUGUACUUACUAUGUACUAUGUACUAUGUAGAAGUAUUAGCGAUAGCAUGGAUACAGUGAAUGAGAAAAUGCAGAUCUUUUUCCCCACUAAAAUAAUUCCAUUUCCGGCAUAAAUUAAUCAGAUCGCUAAAAGCGAGUGCAAUCUUAAAACGAUCACAAAAUUGCUAUUGUUAUUGAUGUAAUGGAGGAUAUACACGCUUGAACUUGGCCUACUCGAUUACUGCAGUUUGGACAGUGGAGGCGACGUAUGCAAUACUGAUUAUUGGUUGAACGACUAUGGAUUGGCAAACGAUCGAGUUUCAAUAUCUUAAAGCCAUCAAAUUUUUCGGGCAGCUUGUUGGUGUGUGGCCUUAUCAGGAAGAAUUCCUGAAAAUUACAAUACGAUUUGUCACAUUGGUUGUGACUAUUACCUGUCUUGCAACUCAGAUGUCACGGAUAUUAGCAUUUUACAGCUUGGAGAUACUGUUAGAACAAAUGCCGCAUUUGAAUAUAAUAUUAAUAACUCUUCUCAAGCAAUACAAUUACAUUCUGAACGAGAAGAAGUUGAAAGAACUUUUAAGCGAUAUCGUCGUCGAACGUCUGAUAGAACGACCAAAGAAGGAAUUAGAGAUUUUGGACAUGUACUCUCAGAAGGCAAUGAUCUUGUCCUUUAUAUACAAAGUCAGCACAUUUGUCACUGCCGUUAUGUUCGUCCUCAUUCCGGCUGUAUCACCUAUUCUGAACAUCGUCGCGCCCUUGAACGAAUCACGGAGCCGCGAAUUUAUCUACCCAGCUUAUUACUUCGUGGACGAAGAACGAUAUUAUUAUGUUAUACUAGCGCAUAUGGUAGCAUCGGUGUCAGUACUUGUAGCUGUUUAUAUUGCCUGUGACACCAGCUUAAUUCACCUCGUACAGCAUGGUUGUGCCCUGCUGACUAUCAGUGGACAUCAACACAAUGAAGAAAGUUUAUACAGAAAAAUGUCGUUUCUAGUUUAUUUUUCAAGCUAUACAUGUAUAUGA